AUGAGGGAUUUUGCUUCUUGUUUUAGUGAAUAUGCAUUACAAGUAGUAUCUGAAACUACUUCUUGUUCUAAUUAUUCAAACACUUCUUGUUUCCCUCAAAAUUCUUCAAAUAUCCCUUCAACACAAAACAAUGUUACAUGUUUGUACAAAGUAAUUUUGUCCAAUAAAAAGCAGUUCUUGAUAACAGUAUCAUGGUCCAAAACAAAUGUGUCACAAAGUUUGUACAUACAAUUUGGUGAUAACCCUUCAAAUUCUUUCAAAAUUAGCGCGAUUUUCAAGAAGAAAAAGGGGAAGAAAGCAAUUGAAUUUGAUGAUCAUACAAAAGUUGAAGUUUUUUGGGAUUUAUGUGAUGCUAGGUACAACAACAUGUCUGGUCCUGAACCAAUUGAUAAGUACUAUGUUGUUGUUACAUUUGAUUCUGAACUUGGCUUAAUUCUUGGUGACAUGGAAGAAAAAAAAAAGUUCAAGAAUUACAAUCAAAUGGCUAAAUUUAGUCUAAUUUCAAGACAAGAACAUUUUUCAGGCAACACCCUUUAUUCAACAAAGGCACAAUUUUGUGACAAUGGGUCAAAACAUGAUAUUUUGAUAAGUUGUAGGGGUGAAAAUGAAGGACAAAAUCAUCAUCAACAUAAUUAUCCUGUUUUAUCAAUUUGUAUUGAUAAGAAGAUGGUGAUUAGAGUUAAGAGGUUACAAUGGAAUUUUAGGGGAAAUCAAAGUAUUUUCUUGGAUGGUUUGUUUGUGGAUCUUAUGUGGGAUGUUCAUGAUUGGUUCUUUAAUUCAACUUCAAGUUGUGCUGUUUUUAUGUUUAGGACAAGAAGUGGAUUGGAGAGUAGAUUGUGGUUAGAAGAUCAAGACAAGUUGAUGCCCAAGAAUCAAGAUAAAGUUGAGUUCUCAUUGAUGAUCUAUGCAUGUAAGAGCACAUGAUUUCUUCUGUUUCUUUCUAUCCAAUGCCCGGUGCUCGUUCUGCGUUCUUGAUAUUUAAUACUCAUUUUAUAUUUUUGA